GUGGGAAAUUAAAUAUAAUUCAGGUUGUAAUAAUGUUCAUCAGGAUUAGUGAGGUCUUUUAAAUGAAAAGCCUGUUAAUAUUAAUAUUUUUCACAAAAUGGCAUCUUUGUUUUAUUUUAGAAAUACGUUAUUUUGCAAUAUUACUACUUAGUGUGACUACAUUAUACAUAUUUAAUCAUUAUAAUGACUUUAUUCUAACAUAUUGCCUUUUCCACUGAAAUCCUAAAGUUUUAUUUUCUAAUAUAAAAUAAAAAUUUAAUGAUAAUAUCUCGUUGUCUCUUUCCAGCUCUCAUUUCUCAGCCAGCGGCCUUCACCGGCUCGACAUACCAGGUACCCAGAAUGCACUGCUUCACCUCACUGACAGGAGCUUCCUAUCGUACCGACUCGCUCCUCUGAUGUCUAAUCAUUUAAAAAAACAAAAACAAACAUAGAUUCGGAAGCUGCCAUCUUGUGCUGGUGAGAGUCUGUGCAGUAUAGUGAUCGUGGUUUGGACAGGAGGCAUCAAGGUCCCGCCCACACACGUGCUCGACCAAUCACCAGUCAGUCUCUCAGCUGUCAAUCUCAUGACGUUUCAAGCCCCGUUUUUAUAUCAACAAAUAACUAAUGAGAAGCAAAGUGAUCAGAAACAUGAACACGUGAACAAACAUCAGUGUGAUAAGAACUAUGUCACAUGAUAUGGAGGGGGCGGGGCUUAUGACCCUUACUGCAACCAGACACCAGGGGGCGAUCAGGAUGAGUUGGAGCCAUCAUGAUGUCCAUCUUAAUUUACAAUCUGUGGUUCGAGCUAAAGCUUGAAAGAGUUUGUUUGUUUAAGUUUAAAUUUAUUAGAGCUUUCAACCUGUGUCAGAUGACCAUCAUUGUUACUAUGACAAUGACCUUGUCUCCUCUCCAGACCUUCCCUCAGAACUACGCGGGUGGAGGAGCUCAAACGUACUUUGGGCCCCCGGCGCUGAUGGGGCCUCCGCUGGCUUUCAACAUUCAGCCAGGAUUCCAGGAGGGGCCAUGGGGUGAGGCCUGCAAGACCUCGUACCACUGGAAGGGUCCGCCGCCAAAACACACAGUGUUCGUGGUGGAGCAGCAGGACGAAGGUGGCGGCGGUGGCGGCAGCAAGCACUCGUGUCUGUCGGUCUGUUCAACCAUUCUGUGCUGCUGCUGCCUGUGGAAUAUGUUGACCUCGCACCUCGCCUGACCUCUGACCUUUUGGGCAAAUUUGAACAUUUUCUGGAACAAACCGAUUAAUAAAUAUUAACAAAAAGGCAAUACCAUAACAUGUAUUUCUCUGAAUGUCUUUGUGUGAUAUAACAAACCUCAGGUUGUUCUUUUGUCUUUUGUAAACUAUUAUAUGUUCUUGCUUUUCUCUCUAAUAAAAGAAAUGAAAAUCA